AUGAGCACCGCCCUAGCAGAAGUGGAGCCGCCCAAGGGAGCUGUGCGGGACCUCACCGCCGAGCUGAAGAAGAUCAGGGGCGACUACCGCCUCUUCGCCACCGAUCGCUGCGCCGUCUGCGGGGGACCGCUGUUCGACGACGAGGAAGAGGAGGACAAGAAGAAGAAAAAGGAGAAGAGCAAAAAGAAGAAAGAUGAAGAAGAAGGGACGAAGAUGAAGAAGAAGGAGAAGGAGAAGAAAAAGAAGAAGGGCGUGUUCAAGCUGCUGCAUCGGGGCAAGGACAAGGCCGGCGGCCUCCUCGACGGCCUCCAGUACGAGGGCGACGAGCUGCAGCGCAAGAAGGCCAAGCGGCAGCUCAAGCGGGACGAGCGCGAGGGCAAGCUCCCCUGCGCAGCCGACGCAGCCGACAACAACAAAAAGAAGAGCUCCAUGGAGCGCGUCGUCAGCGAGGGCCGCCUGGCCGGCUCCAGCGGCGCCGACCGACGCGGCCGCACCAAGCCCAGCCGCAGCCGCACCAUGUCGUCCAUUCCCUCUGCGUCGUCGACAGUGUCUGCGGCCGCGCGCAUAAUCUGUCGGCACUGCGAGCGCGGGGAGAAGCGGCGGAGCUGGGGCACGGUGCGCGGGGAGGCGCUGGCGGCGGGCGCGCCGGCCCACCGGCUCUACGCGGAGCUGAGCGAGGAGCGGGAGCUGAUGGCCUCGCUCCUGGCCCGGUUCGACUACCUGGUGGGCUCGGUGAGCCCCGACGUCGGGGACCUCCUCAUCGAGCUCUUCACGCCGCGGCUCAAGGAGGACACCGACUCGGAGCAGCUGCGGCUCGUCAUGGCCGAGACACGCGACGACGAUGAUGAUGAAGAGGACGAUGACGAUGACGAUGAUGAAGAGAAGGCGACGAAGAAGAAGCCGAUGACGAAGAAGAAGACGAAGAAGUCGCGGAUCAUGGGAGCAGGGAGCGCGGCGGCGGACAAGGACGGGCCGUCAGCGAAGCCGAUGGGCCUGAGCCUGGGCAAGAUUUUCGGGUGGAAUGACAAGAAUGAAAAGAGUUCGGCCUCGGCGGCGGCGACGACGACAGCCGAGAACGGCGGCAAGCCCAAGCGUAAGGUCAAGCGAGCUCUCCUCCUCAUCAUCAGCUUCCACAAGGACUGGGUCGAACACAAGCAACGCAUCGAGGAAAUUAUAACGGAGUACAACAAGCUGAAGGCGGAGAAGAACAAGGCGCUCACGAGCGGGUCGCCAGCACAGAACACGGGCCUCGGGGACGAGGACCUGCUGCUCAACUGCGAGCGGAUCGUGCGCGAGUGCGUGAAGCAGGUCGAGUUCAACCUGGGCGAGAUCGGCCUGCGCGCAACCAAGGAGGCCCUCGUCGAGCUCGUCGCCAACCUCGUCCUCGAACGCGCCAAGUGCCACUUGUGA